AUGAGAAAGACGGUUAUCUGGUUACUGUUGUUGUGUGCUUUUGCACACGGGUCACGGCAUGCUGAGGAAGAUGAACAGAUGCUAAUCCGCCACUUCACCAAAGAGGGAGAAAUCGCGACGAUGAACCAGUUGCGCGAGACCAUCGGUCCGUUUCGUGACCCACUUCACUUCAGGCACAUGAACUACUCAACAUUGACGGAUCACAUUCAUAACCUUCACAGAAAAUAUCCAAAUCUGACACAUAUUUAUUCGGCUGGUCAGUCAGUAGAAGGAAGAGAGUUGUGGGUUUUUGUGGUGUCCAGGUAUCCGAAAGAGCACAGAAAGUUGAUUCCGGAAUUCAAGUAUGUGGCAAAUAUGCAUGGAAAUGAGGUCACUGGACGUGUCUUCCUUGUCUCCCUAGCUGAAACUUUGCUUCAAAACUAUAACACCAAUUUAUGGAUCCACCAACUUGUUGACAGCACUAGAAUUCAUUUGAUGCCAUCCAUGAAUCCAGACGGGUAUGAGCAUGCGUCAGAAGGAGAUUCAUCUGGAAUCACCGGACGUCAAAAUGCUAAUGGAAAGGAUUUGAAUCGAAACUUUCCAAGUCGUUUUCCCAAUUAUUUUCCGACAAGUGAUAUUCAACCCGAAACAAUCGCUGUAAUGAAUUGGACUCGCCAAAUUCCUUUCGUUCUAUCAGCUAAUCUGCACGGUGGCACGACUCUUGUGAAUUACCCAUUCGAUGACUAUCCAACACGUACUAGACAAGCACAUUACGCUCCAUCACCCGACAAUGCACUUUUCGUCCGGUUGGCUUACUCGUAUGCACGAGGUCACGAGCGUAUGUGGAAAGAGGGGCCGAGGUGUUUGGAUGACGAUUUGAAUGUUGCUGUGGAUCCUCAAAAUGGUAUCAUCAAUGGAGCGGACUGGUACAUUGUUUCUGGAGGAAUGCAAGACUGGAACUAUUUGAACACUAAUUGCUUUGAGCUGACUGUUGAGAUGAACUGUGAGAAAUUUCCAAAAACUGCAAAGUUGGUAAAGCUGUGGGAAGAGAACAAAUACGCAUUGCUCAAGUUUAUUUCACUAGUUCAUGAAGCUAUCCACGGUCUUGUCAUUGACGCUGAAACUGGAGAAGGGAUUGUAAAUGCCACUGUUAGUAUUGAUGAGAAGGCCAAGAUUGUUGUGAGUUACGGAGAUGGAGAAUUUUGGCGCCUUGCAAAUCGAGGUACUUAUGAGUUAACUUUCGACCACAGUGACUACUAUCCAAUCACCCGUACCGUCCACGUCACACCACAAAACCGAUCUCCGUACAUUGAAGUCCCUCUCCAACGCAUCGUUCCGCGUGCCAAGCCAACACGCAUCCCAAUCAAGCCCGCUAACAAAGACGAGUACAAUGUGGACCCCUACAGUAACAAGGAUCUCCGUAUUAUCACAAUGUCUGCAGUGUGCCACCAAUUCUCAUCACUUGUAAUUCUUGCCGUCAUUCUGAACCGUGUUUUGUAA